CAAGUGUUUUUCUAUCUCUUGCUUCUAGCACCAUGAUUCUUUCGGGCUCAUGUUCUCGGGCGAACAAGAAACCACCUUGACUUAGUUCUUCUAACAUUGCUCACAUUCCUCCAGUAUUCUUUUCACAUCACCAAGAUGCCAGAUACUGAACAAGCUCUCUCUGCCCCCCGGCCCUUCUCACACGACAGGAAUAAACACCCUCCUCCACAACAUGACCUCGACACCCUUUGCUCGACAAGGCGUAGCUUCGUUGUGACCGCCCCCUGUCGGUACCUGCCAUCCGCCAACCCCUUUCAACGCUUGGCGUUGAUGGCGUUUAAGACACAUGUUUGUUUUCUUUCCCGUCCCCCUCCCCCUUGUACGUGUCUUAUGCCGGCUGUGCCAAGAAUAUUACGGAAAAGGAGCAAAAACGGAAAACUUCCUCGCGGAUAUGUUCAUCGUUGCUCAAUCAUCCAUCAAUCCCCCCUUUCUGAAUCACUCUCGAGUUCUUGGCACACACUCACACACACACAUCAUUCGCAAUUAGACAUGCAGGAGGAGCUUAUUCGAGUGAGGUCUUGGGAUGCGAUGCGAGCAUUGCCGGUUCGGAAAACCCCACGUCACGUUUGUCCACGAAGUUGAGAUGACAGACGACGAAUGGGAUGACUUCCAUCCCAACUUUCGGACGGGCUAUUC